UUUGAACAAACGUGGAUGCCUCAUCACAACUUCAUCCCUUCCAGCCUCCACAUCUUUUUCUUGUUUCCUCUGCCUGGGCUGAAUUUCUUCAUUUCUGCCUGCCAAAAGCCUUACCCCUCCUUCAAGACCAUCUAUAACUGGUUAUCCUUGAAUUUGGUCCAGAUUUUGCUGCCUUCUGGCACCCUCUUCCCCAAUCCUGGGCCCUCCAGGGAAUGUCCCGGCCUCCCUCGGACACGUGCCCGCGAGGAUGAACACUCUUGUGUCGACGGAGAGCCAGGUCUAGACUUCUCCUCUUACCAGCCCCGCACAGGCACCAAGUGCGGUGCCUGGGCUCCACAGGCCCAAUGGGACCAGAGGGUGGCCGGUGGCGUCAACCAAGUCCACAACAGCCCAGGGGUGGCCAGGCGCGCGGGAAGAGCUAGAGCCCGGUCCCCGCCCACCGGGAUUCCCGGGAGGGCCCUGCGCGUAGGGGCGGAGCCGCGCGCCAACACAGGGUGUGGCCUCCAGCCCGCGCGGGAAAGGGCCUGCGCCGCAUGUGCGCGCGCAGUCGGCGGCCGCGCGCAGCACGUUCAGGGCCAGGAUGGCGGCGGCGGUGGCGGUGGCUUCAGGAAGCGGGACUCCCCGAGAGGAGGACGGAACCGCUGGGGAGACAGCGGCCUCGCAGCCCGCAGCCCCAACGAGUGCGCCUGGGGCACGUCUCUCGAGGCUGCCUCUGGCGCGAGUAAAGGCCUUGGUGAAGGCGGACCCCGACGUGACGCUAGCGGGACAGGAAGCCAUCUUCAUUCUGGCACGAGCAGCGGAGCUAUUUGUGGAGACCAUUGCAAAAGAUGCCUACUGCUGCGCUCAGCAGGGAAAAAGGAAAACUCUUCAGAGGAGAGACUUGGAUUGUGCUGUUUUGGGACUGACGUCAGCAUGGCUGAAAUUAGUCAGGUAUUCCUUUACCUUAUGUUUCAGAUAAUGCAAUAGAAGCUGUGGAUGAAUUUGCUUUUUUGGAAGGUACUUUGGAUUGAUUGCUGAGUGGAACAGUUUUGUGAGCCUUCAUCUGCAGCCUUCAGUUCACCCUUCUCUACAGGCCUCAGCUUUGAAGAACGGAGCCUUUGCGCUUAAACACACUCUUCCUGUUCUGCAGUUACCUAUGCUGGGAUAAGCAGAGAUCUCAUCAAUUAGCUUUUCUCUGCAAGGUCUUCCACUACUUCUGUCUUCCAUGUCAAGCCUGGGUGCAGCAACUGCUGCUUGGAGCAGAGAUGAAGAAAUGUUCUGCAUAAGUGGCUUACUGAAUGAUGAGGACCAGAAUAAAGGUUUUUGAUCAGCUUUA